GCACUAAGCCCUUCAAAUUUUCUCGAUUUUCCACAAAUUCACUUCAAUACCAUGUUCCUGCUGCGUGUUUAUCGUAUUUCACCUACGGACCAGUAAGAAUUUGGUUCUCUGUGAAGCCAUGGGCCGAAAUAAGCAAACUCGGCCGCGUCGUUCUGUUGGAAUUCGUGGGAAGACAACUCCUAGGUCGGAAUCACAUGAUAAUGACAAUAUUAAUGUUGAAAGAGCUGAAAAAGACAAUCUUGGUGAUGUUGAUGAUGAGGAACCAUUUUUCGUUGAAGUUGAUCAGUCCAAUUGGUCGUCCGAGGAACAUUUGGAUAUAUCAGAGAUUGUGUUGUCGGGUUUGAGCAUAAAGGAAGAUUUUUAUGGUUAUAGAUUAAGUAAUCCUGUUUUUGAGGGCUCGGGGUAUGUAUUGAGGUUGAGAUUGAGUGGAGUGAACCAGCAUCUCAGUAGGAUGAAAUUAGGGCAUUGGCCUGUUUUGCCUGCCGCGAGCAUUGUCGUGGAGCUUGUGGCAAAGCAUGUGAGUGAUGAGGGCAGGGAAGAAUGCCUUGUCAUGGUUUCGGGAAAUCUUGAUGGACCGGAUGAAGGUGUUUCUGGGCUUGCCCACUUAGCUAGUUUGAAGUUCUUGACAUUGAGGCCAGCAAUGGAAACAACUGUUUCAGAAGGGUUAUCGUCUGUUAGGAUUAGGGUGGAGAUUUUGAGGAAUGCAUUUGGUGCGUGUGAGUCUCUUCUUGAUAAUUCGAGACAAGUUUGGAAGAAGAGUAUGAAAAGCAUCAUGGCUUGGCUACGUCCGGAAGUUACAACUUCAGAGGCUAGAUAUGGGUAUAGCAUCAGAAGGGACAUAGAUGGGAGCUCAUCCUCUUCAAGGGAACACGCCAAACUUGAUGUUGCUAGUUUCUAUGAAGCCAUUAAGCCAUCAAAGGAUGAACCUAUGUUGGAUGACUAUCUUCCUAAUUUGGUUCCUGAGCUUAGACCAUAUCAACGACGUGCAGUUUAUUGGAUGUUACAGCGGGAGAAAGGCACUUGUGAACCUAGAAAAAGAAAUCCGUCUGUUUCUCCUCUAUGCAUGCCAUUGACUUUAAUAGAAAAUUCUGCUGCUUUAUACUACAAUCCAUUUAGUGGAAAUGUAUCCCUUCAUCCAGACACUUCCUUCAGUUACAUUUCUGGUGGAAUUCUAGCUGAGGAGAUGGGCUUGGGGAAAACAGUUGAGCUGCUUGCAUGUGUCUUUGCUCAUCAGGUGACAUCAACAGCAAUUGGAAGCUUGUCUAAUUCAGCGGAAGUUCAGGGGGACAUGAGAAAAGACCUUAAAAGAUUGAAGCGGGAGAGGGUUGAGUGUGUAUGUGGUUCUGUCAGUGAAAGCAUUAGAUAUGAGGGAUUGUGGGUACAGUGUGAUGUUUGUGAUGCUUGGCAGCAUGCAGAUUGUGUUGGAUAUUCACCACAAAAACGCAAGAAACGGAUGGAGGAUUUUGAGCAAGACGGUGGGGAUUCAUCAGGAAAAUCCCAGAACCGUGCAAAAAGGAAAACCAACGAAGAAAUAGUUGAGAUGGAUGGGGUUUAUAUUUGCAGGGCGUGCACAGAACUAAUCCAAGCCAGUGAAGCACCUGUUUCAUCAGGGGCAACUCUUAUAGUAUGCCCUACCCCUAUAUUGCACCAAUGGCAUGCUGAAAUUAUACGUCUGAGAAAAGGAUAAUCUAUUGAAGGACCCCAGUUUUUCUAUGAUGUUUCAUACGGAUGUGUGCCUUUUUUCUUGUUAUAGUUUUGUGACUUAGUUCUGCUAUGGUACACGUAUCUG